AGUUUUGUUCAGUCAGCAAAUGGCGUCUGUUGCGGUGAGGUGUACGUAAUUUUUCGGCGUAGUUCAUGAAUGAAGACGUUCGCGCGUGUUUGCAAACAACCGAAAACAACUAGUAAAGAGCGCGCAUCCACUUGGUACGAGUGCAAGUCCACUGCGAUGUAUUCGAUAGCGUCGUGUCGCACUAUCACCUCGAAUAAUCGCCGUCUAAUUAAAGCGUAACGAAUAAAAAGCAACGUUUCGCGCCUGAAACCGCGCCAGUGCAAUGAACGAGGAGUCCGAACCCAAGCCACCGCCGCCGGUGUCGAUGUGGCCACCGGGUGCACUGGACCCAUCAGCUGGUGUAAAUAUGAGCCCCGUCCAGCUUCAGCACCACGGCAUCGCGGUACCCACGACGCCACAAGGCGCUCCGGCACCGGUGAACGCUGGCAUUGAAUAUGAACUGCCGCUGGAGUUGACACAGCAGGGUUGGCGUAAGUUUUGGUCGAAGCGUGAGAACCGACCCUAUUUCUGGAACAAACUCUCUGGCGAGAGUCUCUGGGAGACGCCACAGUUGAAACCUGCGUUUGACCCGCUCACAGACCCAUUGGGCAUCCAACAUAUACCAGCGGCGGCACCUGUGACGGGCUGUACACCACCCGGUGCCAGUCCAGCGAUACCACCAACUGGUGGUGUUACUAAACGUCGACCUUCCGAAGAAUUAGCUGGUCCCCAAAUGAAAAAGUUUGUCCUUGCUGGUCCAUGGGACUUGGACGUGCUGACGAAUGUUAUUAUAUUGGAACGUCAGCCGUAUCCCUAUAUGCAUUCGCAUCCAGAGCUGGAACUUUUUCGAUGCGGGUUUCUCGCUAAGUUAAGACAGUGCUAUCAAGAGUUGUGCCAUUCGCGAGAGUCAAUUGAUGCGCCGAAGGAUUCCUUCAAUCGCUGGCUGAUGGAGCGCAAAGUCAUCGACUCUGGCUGUGAUCCGCUGCUGCCGAGCUGCUGCUAUCCCGAGAUCUCACAUGCUAUGUAUAAGGAGAUCAUGAACGACAUACCCAUUAAGCUGGUGCGGCCGAAAUUCACGGGGGAUGCGCGCAAGCAACUCUCGCGAUAUGCCGAAGCAGCGAAGAAGAUUGUCGAGUCACGGAAUGCCGACAGUGAGAGUCGGAAAGUCGUCAAAUGGAAUGUGGAUGAGACGUUUCAGUGGUUGAGGAGGACCGUGGGUGCCACCUAUGAUGACUUUCAAGACAGAUUGAGGCAUUUGAAGCAGCAAUGUCAACCGCACCUAACAGAAACAGUAAAGUCAUCCGUUGAAGGCAUCUGUUUAAAAAUCUACAAUCUAUCUAGUGAAUAUGCUAAGAAGGUGAGAGAUAAGUCCAAUGUGUUACUGAAGGAGCAUGGAAUGGAGCUACCUCCAGUAAUACCCAACAACAGCACUAGAAAAGUCUGGUGUUACCCCAUACAGUUUGCCAUACCUUGUCCCAGGCUACCAACUGUUGAGUAUGUUCCUGAUAGGGAUCAGGCAUUGCUUAGGUUUCAAGGAGAUACCCUAGCCAUAAACAGCACGCACUUACAAAAAUUGGAACACCUUUAUCGCCAUAGUUGCUUCGACGAUAAAAAGUUCGAAUUGUUUAUUCCUCGUGUCUGGGUUUUGUUGAAGCGUUAUUCAACAUUUUUGGGCGUGAGUCCUUCACAGUCCAAUGCUAGUGCAGAUGUGCAGGACACGCAAGCCGCCUUACCAAUUCCCGUCUUCGAAUGUCUUCAUCGAAUGUUCGGCGUGACAUUUGAAUGCUUCUCUUCGCCUUUGAAUUGUUACUUCAAGCAGUACUGCUCGGCGUUCCCAGACUGCGACUCGUACUUUGGCAGCCGCGGGCCUUUCCUGCAACUUAAGGCGGUGUCGGGUUCAUUUCAGGUACAUCCGCCAUACUGUGAAGAGUUAUUAGAAGCAGCUGUUGAUCACAUGGAGGCUCUACUAGCCGAUAGUCCAGAACCGCUGAGUUUUAUUGUAAUUAUGCCCGAUUAUCGGGACCCGACACCUUCCGGCGUACAGAGGCUUGAGGAUAGUCAAUUUAAACGCAAACAGGUGACGAUACCCGGCUACGAGCAUGAAUUUCGGCAUGGGUUUCAACACGUUUUAACAAAGUCCGAAAUAAAUGUUCGGGUGGGUCAUGGUACUGUAAUCGCCUGGCUUCAGAACGCUGCGGGUCAGCAGCGUUGGGGUCCGACGGAGGAGCGAGUAGAAGCUUUACUGGAAGCAUUUCGACCAGGCAGGGAGCGCGAAAGGGACAGGCAGGAGUUGCUGAGUCCUACGCGCCAGGGCAACACCACCGAUACGAAAGAAGUAUUACUACAUUAAUAGCGAAUGUUCUUUUAUUACGCUCGAAAAUAUCGACAAGUACCUGAUACAUUUGAUCUAUAUCCACAAUUACACGCCAACCCUCAUAUAUUGCUAGCGCAUCUGUUGAAGUGGGCUCAUGUGCAAAUUUACUUUUAUGUUCGACGAUGAUUACUAAUCAUAUAAUUUUGGUUUCGCCUGUCUAAUUGUAGGCAGGAGCAGCGUUAAAGCGUACUAAAACUUAACUAAAUUGACUAUUUGUAUAUAUUGCCAUUUAUUCUGUUUGUAGAUUUACCUAUUUUGUUUAAUUCGCUGUAGGCGAUUGAAACUUUUAUUGAUUUGAGUUCCAAUCGUCGGAACUGGCAAAUAGAGAAUCAUUGUAAAUUUUGUAAUAUAGUAAAUAAGAAAUUAACGAGCUAUGCAAAUACACUGGAUAUAUAAUCAUCAA